GCUAAAUCAGAACUACAUUAAAACGGGAGAACAGCGUUCUGUAAGUCGUGCUGUGAGAGGUAUUUUGGCGAAAGUGAAUAAACUGCAGCAAUAACCGCUACUGAGAAACAGCGACUGAGGAUCAUCACCAUUUAACAUCUAUACAGCCUACGGUAGUAUGGGGGGGUUCUAUAAAAGCAAGAAUAUAUGCUGAUUUAUUCCUGCUGUUGAAUCAAACGUUAUUUUUCAAAUAGUAGGUGUUUUUGAGUAUAAAUGGCUGGCAGAAGUGCAAACGGUCGUCAUGGGUUGCGGGGCCACGCAGGGAGAACCGCAGCUUUAGCCCGGCUGCUUCAUAAGGACUGCAUCCAACUCCUGGAGUUAUACAGAAACAGUGAAUCACUGCCGUCCUCGCCGGUUGACGGAGAUUAUUUAGUGUCCAUUCCUCCACUGGUUCCUCAGCUGUCAGAUGAAGAAAAAAUAUCUAUCCUGCAUGCUGCGCUCAAGGAGUGUCUGCGACUUCUGGAAGAUGUCAUUACCCGGGAAGAUGCAGAAUUUUCCGACGAAGACAGCGAGUACAAGAGAAAGCGGAAAACUGUGAGGGAUCGUCUGGGGCACCUGUUGGCAAGCACAGAGCAGCUGCUAGUGGAUGGGCAAAAAUUUGAAGCUAAAGUUAAAGAGGAGCUGGAUGGUCAAGCGGCCAGUGGGAGUUUCGGUCUGAAGAUGUGGAUUGUACGAGUGCUGCAGGACCUCGUGCACUGGACUGGCCAAACAUCUGACACCCUCCACUCGAUGCCAGCAGAGAUGGAGAAAGCACCAAAGACAAUGUCCCGAAGGACAAGAAGAGGCGCCGGGAAAAUAAGGAAGUGAGACUGGAUACGUGAUGAAAAAAGAGAAUGAAAGGGUGGAGAGGAAGAGGUCAGAAUGAUAAGAAUGAGGAGAAGGAAUUUCAGUACAGCAUGGAGAAUGUAGAGAGUCAGAGGAUCUGGAUGCAGUCACUGGAAUUCAGCAUUCCAGCAUGGGGAAAGCAGGAGGGGAGGGUUUGGACAUGAUAUUAUUUUAUGAAAGUUAUUUUAAUAUAUUUCUUGGUCAUUAAAAUUAGAUUUUAGACUGUAGCAAUGAAUGUAAAUGUACUGUAUGGUUUUAUUACCUUUCAAGAUUGUUGACCUUUAGAUUGUUGAGUCAUAGAAGACACUGCAGACCUUUUUUUUUUAAAUUGACCAUGAUGAUCAAAGUGAGUUAAUAUAUUAUACUUUUGUUUGCAUAUCAGUAUUACUGUAUGCAUUUAUUUGUAUCUAUAAGGGAUAGUUCGCACAGAAAUUAGCAUUCUGUCAUCAUUUACACACCCUUGUGUCAUUCUGAAUCUGUGUUAUUAAGCCUGCACUAUCCUUUGUGGAAUGCAAAAGAAAAUAUAAAAAUGUUGGUAGCAUUUUACAGUAAGAUUUCAUUUGUUAACAUUAGUUAACUGAACUUCCCCAGCAUUUAUUAACCCUAGCUAAUCUUGAUUUCAACAUAUACAAACUUGUUUUUAAUCAAAAGUUGUAUCAGUUAACACUACUUAAUACACUGUUAACUGACAUGAACAAUAAACAAUUCUUAUUUUUUAUUACCUAACAUCAAAAGUUAAUAAAUGCUGAAAAAAAAAUAUUGCUCAUUAUUAGUUUACAGGAGUUUAUGCAUUAACUGAUAUU